UGACAGGCUCUCUAUCUAAGUCAGCUCGGGGCGAUCAGGAUCACGAAGACCUCAAUUGGUGCGAGCAUAACUUGCAUUCCCUCGACGUGGAGAUGUUAUAAAUCGAGUACAGUGGUCCUCGUCAUGAUUGGCACGGCCCCGUGCUUGACAAUCAAAGCUUGCUUCAGUACGCCAGUGGCGCAUACACACGCCCCCAAUUAAUAGCUCAAUUCAGUCUCAUAGCCCAGACAGCACCUAUGUACGCAGACAAGGAUCCUCUCAUAUCGCCGCGACCGGGGACGAGGCACGCUCGAGCCAAGCCAGGACCGAGUCCGUCCCCAGACAGGUCCUCGCUCCCGGAGAACGAUCUCCCGCACCCUUUCUGUCCAUCCACGGCCGCGUCGCAUGGUGACGGUCCGUGCGCGGUCCCCCGAUGGCCCGAUACGGAUAGAGUGCGCGCAACGCCCGUGCGUCGGGACGCGGGCUGCCCGCCGCGUGACGUCAUCCGCCCAAAUGACGCGCCAGGAUGGCGUGACGCGACGCGCGCGACCCGUCACACCGGGCGCCUGCGCCGCCCGCAAGCGCUGUGGCCGAGUGGCACGGACGAGCGUGGACAGAUGGGCAAGUCAGCUGAGCGCGAGCGUUGCUCGUCUCAGGGGACGGUCGAGCGUGAUCCGACAGCGUCACGGACUCGUCACAGCCUCCGUCAGCGGCGAUUUUGGAUUUUGGAUCUUGCAGUCACCCCGCUGCGCAUGUCUAAAAGCGGACGGGAUGGGAACGGGGACUCGUCGCUCACACCAUCCCCGGCGGCAUGACGCGUGCGGGCUGUAAUUUUGAGUGCUGUGUAACGAGGUGACGCGGUGACGAUGGUGACAGAUCACGCGUGGA